UCGAAGGUCCUUUAGCUUCUGCGGCAGCACAACCUGGAGCCUGACCCCCCCCUCCUAGUCAUGUGACUGAUCACGUGACUAUGACAUCAUCAAAGGUCCUUUUGCUUUUUGGGCUCUUGCAUCUAUUGAUAAGUUACUGACUGACCUACUAAGGAUGGACAAUGACCGAAAACAUAUGGCUGAGAGAAUAUUGAACCUCACCCUAGAGAUAAUCUACCUGCUGACCGGAGAGGAUUGCAAAGUAGUAAAGAAGAUAAGUGAUGAAGAUGAUGCAUAUAGCAGGCACCAUCACAGUCCUAUCACGGUGCCUCUACUACAUUCAAUGACACAUAAAGAAAACAAUUUUGAGGAGAUCCUGGACCUCACCAACAAGAUCACUGAGCUGCUGACCGGAGAGGUUCCUGUUAGGUGUCAGGAUGUCACUGUCUAUUUCUCCAUGGAGGAGUGGGAAUAUUUGGAACAACAUAAGGAUCAGUAUGAGGACAUUAUUAUGGAAAAUCACUGGAGUUUCACAUCAACAGAUGAAUACAGUAAGGAAGAAACGCCAGAAAGAUGUUUCGAUCCAGUAUAUUCCAACGAUGACUCAGAGGAAAAUCUGAAUGUCCUGAAUGAGUGUCAUGAGGUGACAAAAUUAAGUGACAUAAAAGUUGAAGUGAUAACAGAUGAAGAUUUAAAUAUGUGUGUAACACAGGAAUGUAAAGAGGAGGAAAUCCCUACACAUAUCAGUGCUGCAGAUAAAUGCAGCAAAAACUGUUCUGGAAAUCUCAUGUUAUCUUCAGAUUAUGAAGUAAAAUAUAAAAAAUUUAUAGAGGACAAUGAUGGAGAACGUUCCAUAACACACUUUAACACAAAUAUACCCUUAGACUUCCACAGCAUUUUUACUGAUGGCACUGAUAACAAGGAUCUUUCAUUUGGUCAAUCACAGAUUGUUAACCAAAGUUCUGAAGAGAUGGUAGAAAAAAUAUUUCCAUGUUCUGAUUGUGGGAAACAUUUUAAAAAGAAAUCUGUUCUAUCUAUGCAUGAAAGAAUUCACAGAGAUGAGAGGCCAUUUACUUGUUCAGAAUGUGGGAAAAGUUUUCGCCAGAGGUCAGAUCUUUUUAAACAUCAAAGAAGGCACAGAGGGGAGGAGCCAUUUUCAUGUCCAGAAUGUCAGAAAGGUUUUCAACAGAAAUCAGAUCUCAUUGUACAUCAAAGAAUUCACACAGGGGAGAAGCCUUAUGCCUGUUCUGAAUGUGGGAAAUGUUUUACGAAGAAAUCAGUCCUUGUUAUGCAUCAUAGGAUUCAUACAGGGGAGAAGCCAUUUUCAUGUCCAGAAUGUGGGAAAUGUUUUAGACAGAAAUCAGAUCUUCUUGUACAUCAAAGAAGGCACAGAAAGGUGGAGCCGUUUUCAUGUUCAAAAUGUGAGAAAAGAUUCAAGCAGAAAUCAGAUCUCAUUGUACAUCAAAGAACGCAUGCAGAGGAGAAGUCAUCUUUAUGUUCUGAAUGUGGGGAAUGUUUUCCAAGGAAAUCACUUCUUAUUAAACAUCAGAGAACUCAUAUAGAAGAUAAACCAUUUUUAUGUCCAGAAUGUGGAAAUUGUUUUAGCCAGAAAUCUGAUCUUGUUAAACAUCAGGCAAUCCAUACAGGGGAGAAGCCAUUUUCAUGUUUAGAAUGUGGGAAAUGUUUUAGUAGGAAAUCCUAUCUUGUUGAACAUUGUUUAACUCAUACAGGGGUAAAACCAUUUUCCUGUACCGAAUGUGGGAAAUGCUUUACAAGGAAAUCAAGUGUUAUUGUACAUCAGAUGACUCACACAGGAGAGAAGCCAUUUUCAUGCCCAGAGUGUGGGAAAUGUUUUAGCCAUAAGUCCGAUCUUGUUAAACAUUACAGAAGUCACACAGGGGAGAAACCAUUUUCUUGCCCAGAAUGUGGAAGGGGUUUUAGCUACAAAUCUGAUCUUGUUAAACAUCAUAGAAGUCACACAGAAGAAAAACCAUUCUCCUGUUCAGAAUGUGGGAACUGCUAUAGUCAGAGGUGCGAUCUUAUUAAACACCAAAAAAGUCACACAGAGGAGAAGCCAUUUUCAUGUCCAGAAUGUGGGAAAUGUUUUAGGCAAAAAUCCACCCUUGUUACACAUCAGAGAAUUCAUACAGGAGAAAAGCCUUUUCCAUGUUCAGAAUGUGGGAAAUGUUUUAGACAUAAGUCUGAUGUCCUUAAACAUCAGGUAAUCCAUACAGGAGAAAAGCCAUUUUCCUGUUCAGAAUGUGGGAAAUGUUAUAAACAAAGAUCGGCUGUUGCCCAGCAUAAGAGAAGAAGCCAUGGUAAUGUUCAGAUUGUAGAAAAUAUUUGAUCUCAGAUGUAGUUCUCCAGGGUAAACAGAAUUUUUAUUUUAUUUUUGGGCAUUACAUAAUUUCUUUCCCUCAAAUUUGCUCACUAACUACAUCUUCAUGGCAAUGAUUUACAAUGGGAGCACUAAAAAGGUUAACCAUGUUAUCCCAUCCUUGUGAUGGGAAACUGCGACAGACCUACCUGUUUAAUACUAAUAUUAAAAAGAUAUAAUUGAAAAUGCAUACAAUGUUUGAAGAGUGAUAUUGAGGGUGUGUGAAAACAUUGGUGAAAGUAGAUAAAGACAUAGACAGUAUAGGGUGACAUGCAUGGGAAUUGUCUGAGAAAAAGGCUAGCAAGACUGAACAUAAAUGAAUAGGCAAUGUAAAAAUGGUAAAUUACACAAAAUGUUCUUUCCCUGCACCCGCACUGAUAAAACCACUGGCUUUAAACCCUAUUUUGUUUCAUAUCCUAUUCUUGGGUAAUAAGAUCUGUUAUAUAUAUAUACAGUGAUCCCUCAACUUACAAUAGCCUCAACAUACAAUAGUUUCAACAUACAAUGGUCUUUUCUGGACCAUUAUAAGUUGAAACCAGACUCCACAAACAAUGCUACGGACAGUACAGAUCUGCAAAACAUAUCAAUAGCUGGAAGAACCGACCAAUCAGAAUGGACAUUUCACUGGUAAAACACCUGUAUUACUGAAGUGUAGGCAUUGACUGGUGUCUGGUAGCGCCCCCUACAGUACAGGGAGGUAUUAUAUGUUCUGUACACUUUACCUGUACCACAGUUAGCUGCUCCUUUGGACACCAGGCGAGGGCGGCUCCAUGUUACUUUUUUAGGACACUGUGUACUGUACAGGACCCUGAAGAAGCUCCUGUCCUCUACAUAGACCAGUGUUUCCCAAGCAGA